CCAUGCGGGUGCGGCAGAUGAAACUGUCAUCAUUUAAUUAAAUGUGUUCAUCAGAAUUAAACGAGAAACGUCCAUUUCUUCAUGUAGAUCAGCAGAAGAACAUGAGCAGCUGUGUGAAAUGUUGUUGUGUGUUUAUUUCCAGAGAACAAACAAUCUUAUGUUCGGGCGUCGCAGCGGUGAGAUUCUUAACGCGACCGGACAGAGAAGAGCCCAGAGGACAUUUAGCCAAACCGUAGCUUUUAACUGUAAUUUACUUUGUUUCAUAAACUUAUGACAUGUCGUGGAAUCUAUUGCUGGUCGCAGUAGAAUAUCCGGUGUGAUCAAUCACGGCCAUUAACAUUCACAACACACAUCUCUAUCGGCCGUCCUCUUUCUGUUGACUCUUCAGCUGAGGACGAUGAUGUUUUUCUCCUGGUGACAGACAGACAGAUGAGAGCUCGUCCUCAGACUCCUCACAGAGCAGCAUUCCAUCCAGCUCAGGGCAGGAGAAGAAGAGAAGUGUUGCGUCAACGAGCUUUCAAAUGACAACCUGAAGCUGUUCUCCUCUCUCCUGAACGACAGCACACAUCGGCGUACACGCUUCUCUUUCACCAAAGGUGUGGCUUCAGGCAUCAUACGCUGACCUCCUUUCUACAGGCUGUGGAUCUCUGUCACGCCACAACACAACAGGCCUUCAUACAGAAGAACAGGAUUGCUCUGAAGGACGUAACAUGACAGCAGUAUCGAUGUCAUAGGAAGUAAGAAAGUGAAAAAGCGCAAUGGAGCGGUCAUGUGUGAACACGUCUCUGUGGUCCGGGAGUCCGAGCAUCAGUUCAGGAUCUCUGAACAUGUCGGUGAGGUCUGUGGUCUUCACCGAUGACACACAUUCAUCCUGCAGCACUAAACUCUUACGCCACAACAGCUUCCUCUCAUCAAACUACACCGCCGUUGUGGAGAAAUGCAUGAGCUGUAUGCAGACAGGGACUCAGAUGCUGAAACUGCGAGGCGGAUCUAAAGGCCUGCUGCGCUUCUUUUACCUGGACGAGCACAAGUCCUGCAUCCGCUGGCGGCCCUCCAGAAAGAACGAGAAAGCCAAAAUCUCCAUCGACUCCAUUCGUGAAGUGUGCGAGGGAAAGCAGUCAGACGUCUUCCAGAGAUAUGCCGACGGAAGCUUCGAUCCCAACUGCUGCUUCAGCAUCUAUUACGGUGAGCACAUGGAGUCUCUGGACCUGGUGUCAGGGACGGGAGAGGAGGCUCGCACCUGGAUCACCGGUCUGAAGUAUCUGAUGGCCGGCAUCAGCGAUGAAGACAGUCUGGCUAAACGUCAACGCACUCGAGAUCAGUGGUUGAAACAGACGUUCGCUGAGGCGGAUAAGAAUGGAGACGGAUGUCUCAGCAUCAGUGAGGUCCUUCAGCUCCUGCACAAGCUCAAUGUCAACCUGCCCAGACAGAAGGUCAAACAGAUGUUUAAGGAGGCAGAUACUGAUGAUAAUCAGGGUACGCUGGGAUUCGAGGAGUUCUGCUCCUUCUAUAAGAUGAUAUCAACACGACGCGACCUGUACCUGCUGAUGCUCACCUACAGUAACCACAAGGAUCACCUGGACACCGAUGACUUCAUCCGCUUCCUGGAGACUGAGCAAAAGAUGAGCGGCGUCACAAAAGAACACUGCCUUGAGAUUGUGUCCAAGUUUGAGCCGUGUCCCGAGAACCAGACCCUGGGCGUCCUGGGGAUAGACGGUUUUACGAGUUACAUGCGGAGUCCCGCCGGAGACAUCUUCAACCCUGAACACUAUGAGGUGAAUCAGGACAUGACCCAACCUCUCAAUCAGUACUUCAUCGCCUCGUCUCAUAACACAUACCUGACCGGAGAUCAGCUGAUGUCUCAGUCUCGGGUGGACAUGUACUCGUGGGUUCUGCAGGCCGGCUGUAGAUGUGUGGAGGUGGACUGCUGGGACGGACCGGACGGAGAACCAAUGGUGCAUCACGGCUACACCCUGACCUCCAAAAUCCUCUUUAGAGACGUCAUGGAGACCAUCAACAAAUAUGCCUUCGUCAAGAGCCAGUAUCCAGUGAUCGUGUCCAUCGAGAAUCACUGCAGUGUUCCUCAGCAGAAGAAGAUGGCUCAGUAUCUGAUUGAAGUGUUAGAAGAUAAACUGGACGUCUCCUCCAUCUCCACAGACCCGUCCGGACUCCUGCCGUCACCUGAAGAGCUGAAGGGAAAAAUACUCAUCAAGGGUAAAAAACUGCCUCCGAAUAUAGAUGAGAAUGCAGAAGAGGGGGACGUGUCUGACGAGGACAGUGCUGAUGAGAUGGAGGACGACUGUAAACUCAUGAAUGGAGAUACGUCUAUGAAUCGGAAGCAGGCUGAGAACGUUGCCAAGAAGAAAUUAGAUAACCUGAUGAAGGAGUCGAAGAUCCGAGACCGAGAGGAUCCAGACAGCUUCACCAUCACGAGCCUGCCGCCCUCGGCCAAACCUCAAGAGAAAUCUACUGUGAAGGGUAAGGGAGAUGGGGGCACUGACACUGGAGAUGAAGCAAACGCUGGCAGCAAUAAGCGUCUGGCCAGAUCCUUCAUGGGCAGUUUCUCCAAACGCAAGAAAAAGACACGUAAAGUGAAGAAAUCCUCCAGUUGUGAGGACACAGACACAGAUCAGGAGAGCUCAAGUGGAGCGUCUAAAGCGGCCGUACAUCACAGCAGAAAGAAGAAAACCAUGAAGCUGUCGCGAGCACUCUCUGAUCUGGUCUAUACCAAAUCUGUGGGCAUGCCGGACUUUGAGACACAAGGCAGCUGCAGUUUUCAGGUGUCGUCUAUGAGCGAGACCAAAGCCCAUCAGCUGAUGCAGCAGAAACCUGCGGCGUUCGUACGAUUCAACCAGCGUCAGCUCACUCGCAUCUACCCGUCACCUUACCGCGUGGACUCCAGCAACUUCAACCCACAGCCCUUCUGGCACGCUGGCUGCCAUCUGGGUACUGACAAACAUUUACUGCUCAGAACAAAGCUUGCUUUGAACUACCAAUCAGAGGGCAGAGUUCUGCAGCUGAACAGAGCAAAGUUUCAGUGUAACGGGAACUGCGGCUACAUUCAGAAACCCUCCUGCAUGUGUGAAGGUUCAUUCAAUCCACUGGCUGAGGAUCCUUUACCAGCCUGUCUGAAGAAACAACUGGUUCUUAAGAUCAUCAGUGGUCAACAGUUACCCAAACCUAAAGACUCCAUGCUGGGCGAUCGAGGAGAGAUCAUUGAUCCGUUUGUGGAAGUGGAGAUCAUUGGACUUCCGGUGGACUGCUGUAAGGCACAAACGCGAGUGGUUGAUGACAACGGUUUUAACCCCAUGUGGGAGGAGACACUUGUCUUUACUCUACACAUGCCAGAGACUGCCCUUAUACGAUUUCUGGUUUGGGAUCAUGACCCGAUUGGUCAGGAUUAUAUUGGCCAGAGGACCAUCGCUUUUAACAGCAUGCUUCCUGGUUACCGGCAUGUGUAUUUGGAAGGCAUGGAGGAGGCGUCCAUCUUUGUUCAUGUUGCAGUCAAUGACAUCACUAGUAAGGUUCGAGCAGUCAGUGGUAUAAAAGGACUGUUUCACAGAAAUCCAAAGCAGUCCUCCCUCGACAGCCAUGCUGCUGCUCAGCUCAGCCGUAAGCCCACCUUCGGUGCUCAUCUACUGCGCCGCACCGCCAGUGCGCCCACCAAGGGUCAAGCCAAAGUCACCAGGGGCUUUCCUGAGAUCUCCAUCGACACUAAAGACUGCAGCUCAGAAGGCCCCAGUGAGGAGCGGGAAUCAGAAGAAGGCCGAGUAGUCCACCACAACGGAGACACAGCGUCUGCAAAAUCAUGGGGUCACGGCACCAACGGGCAGCUUCUACCUGAUGAUAGUAAAGAACAUUUUGAAGCACAGAGUGUGACUCCCUUUCUGAAGGCCUCAUGUCUGGAAUCCAUUACUGAGGAACUUCAGGAGAAUAACAUUCCUGUGGAUAGCUCACAUUACACCAGUCACUCCAUUACAUCUCCUCCACCAUCCACAGCAAUAACACCUUCUUCCUAUGAGGACAUCCCUGUGAAAAACAAUAAGCCCAUUUUAAACCCAUCUGUGCUAACCCCAUCUGACACUUCAUUUCACGGCAAUGCUGAAGAUUCCAGGAAAAGCCACAUCAACUCUUCACUUUCCACAAAUUACCUUGACAUCGGAUGCGAUACGCCCCCUUUGCCUGAGCAGGCAGAUGCUGAGGUCGUGCAACAUGCGGCUGAAAUAAAAACAAGACAGUCUCUAGUGAUAAACAGCGUGAAGGAGACGGUUUGUAGCGUUUCGACUUCUGAAAGGGUUCAGCCGUUGAAAGCUAAGUUUGACAGAGACUUGGGGCGAAAUGUGCAAACAGGGCCGAGACCUCCGGUCAGGAGGACCAGAAGCGAAGGACAAGUCAAGGCCUUGAAUAAAGCCAACAGUCCAACAGCCGUCCCCGAGGUCGUCACCGACGCCACUCUGACCGACAGACUCUGGAGCAAACUGGACCCCAGCAGCUACCGGGACAGCGUGUCAUCGUCUUCCAGCAUUUCCUCCAAUGACACUGUGAUUGAUUUGUCCCUGCCCAACCUUUCAAGAAAGAGCCUUACCUGCCUACCAGCCGCGCGGGAUUGCUCGGAAAGCAAGGCAUCCAUUGCCAACUGGAGCAUCCAGCCUCGCUCAUCAUCUGUCGUCAGUAAAAGCAAGUCCAACCCCAACCUGCGGGAUGGAGAAAUGUGCGCGCCAGAGGACGAAUUACAUCCCAGGCCCCUGGUGACAGAGAAAGAUUGCGGCCGGCUCAUGCAGAGACGCCACACGUGGAGCAGGUUGUACAUGGAGGGCUUAAAGCAGUCAUCCGCCCUCGCCGCCGCUGGCUCCAAGAGGACGACCGCCUCCUUGGCGAAAGACACAGACUGCAGCUCCAAAUCCAAAAGCCUGGGAGAUCUCACCUCCGACGAUAUUGUCUGUAACUUUGAAAGCAAGUAUCGCAGCAUUAGCCGCAGUUUCAUCGUGAGGUCGAGCCGCCUGAGGGGUAAAGCUCAGAGUCAAGUGCAGCAGAGCGAUCUGACUGAGCAGCUCAAGAGACUCACGGACGUGGAGCCCCUCACCAGCAAAGACUUUCAAAGCAAUAGCGAUGCAGAAGAGGUGCAGGAUGAAGAGGAGUUGCCGUCUUUGCGCAGGAGCUCCUCGCGGAGCCAGAGCCGGGUGAGGUACAUCGCCAACCGCGCCAGGCAAGCCCAGGAGAGGCAGCGGCUGCAAAGUUUGAUCAGUGGGACCGGAAGCCCCAUGGAAGAGCGAGGUAAUCCCGAGGGAGCCUGUAGCGUACCUCACAAUCUCUGUGCCUGCCUGGACCUGCUGAGCCAGCUUCCACCAGGACCACCCCAACAAAGCCCCUCGAGUCCGGAUAAUGAUGUGUUCUUCACGCUCAGGCUGUAGAAGAGUUGUCAUCCAUUCAGAACUGUUAAAUCUACCUGUAUGUUGAGCAGUCAAACAUUUCUUCUGUGCACCUUCACGCUUUGGCCCGAUGGAAUAGGAAAUCACACUUUUGUUUCAUAUCCAUUGCUUUCAACCCUGAUUCGUUUCAACUUUCGUUUGGAUGCAACGGUUUGGUUGUUUUGUAAGAAAAAGGACUUGGUCAUGUGCAUGCGUUUGUUGAAAAAAGCCAAAGUUGUGAGACCAGCUGAAUUUUUAUUUAAAUAACGUUUUAAAAGACACGUCUGCACCUGAUCUAGUCGUGUUUUAGGAGGUUAGAUCAUGCCAGCAUGUAAUAUAAAAUCUAGAGUUUUUCUUUGAACAUGAGGCGCAAUGACAGCAAUAGACGGUUAAAUACAAAGACUACUGCUUUAGGAAUGAAAUAUGACUUUAUUUAUUAGCCUGCAGCCAAGCCCAAAUGCAUGUUCUCUGUAUUGUUUAUGCUACGAGAACAACAAGCAUGGAAUGUAUUUGUCUGAAUAAUUUCUUGUUUUAUUGUAGGCUCUUGUGUUUGUUUCUCCUUUUCCCGAAUGCUCUUCCUUCUCAUGUAGCUCAAGACUAAUAACACACAGCAUAUUCUCACUUUAUGUACAGUAGCUUGACACUGGAAUUAUAUUGUAUGUCCCUUGAUAUUCUUACCGUUUCUUCAUUGGUCACCGUACUUUUAUGUUUCAAAGGUUUUGUGAUUUUCAAAUGUACAGUCUAGUUGUGAAGAGUUGUGUAGACGAUAGUCCAUGUCCUUCAUUACUUUUUUAAGAAUUCUACUCAAUUAAAGGGAAACAGUUUUUUAA